AAGAAGAAAAAAAAGAGACAAUUUGGGGGUGCGAAGCGGCUCCUCCGAUCCAAUCGCCCAUUCGCCCGGAGAUCAGGCUCACAUCAUGAAUGAAUCUUCUUCUAGUGCAAGUAGCCAAGAGUUUGAUGUAUUCAGUGUCAUGGACUGGAAGGAUGGAGUUGGUACUUUGCCAGGAAGUGAUUUAAAGUUCAGGGUGAAUGAGUUUGGAGCUCUGGAAGUGAUCACUGAUGAGACGGAGAUGGAAAGUGUUAAAAAAGCCACAGCCACUACCACAUGGAUGGUCCCGACUGCACAAGAAGCAUUUUCCGAGAAGACAGCAUUGCCCCUGAAGUUAAAGGAAACAGUGAAAGUGGAUGGACUUCUGUUCUGUGAGAACUGUUAUCAGUACGGGUCUGUGGAUGAAUUUCUUUCGGGAGGGAAAUUCUGCAGCCAGAAAUGUGCUCGCCAGCACAAAGACAAAGAGCAGAAGGAGGACAAAGAUGUAGACUACAAUGAAGAAGAUGAUGCUAAAUAUAAUCGGAAAAGAAAAACAAAGUUACCGUUGAAAGGAGAUCCUAAGGAAGAUGGAGAGGAGAAGGAUGAUGAAACUGAGAAUAGGCAUGAUGGGCGGAUCCUGAGGGGAUCUCAGAGAGCCCGAAGAAAAAGACGGAAUGAUGCAACAGUAUUUAAACAAGUUGGUUUACCUUCCAAGGGAAAGAAAGCCUGGUGCUGGGCUUCAUAUUUGGAGGAAGAGAAAGCUGUAGCAGUGCCUACUAAGCUUUUCAAGGAGUACCAGUCCUUCCCGUAUAAUAAAAACGGAUUCAAAGUAGGUAUGAAGUUAGAAGGUGUGGACCCUGAACACCAGUCAAUGUACUGUGUACUCACUGUGGCUGAGGUUUGUGGCUACAGGAUAAAACUUCACUUCGAUGGCUUUUCUGAGUGUUAUGACUUCUGGGUGAAUGCUGAUGCUGUAGAUAUUCAUCCAGUUGGAUGGUGUGAAAAAACAGGUCACAAGCUUCAUCCUCCAAAAGGCUAUAAAGAAGAGGAAUUUAAUUGGCAGGCCUACCUGAAGACAUGCAAAGCUCAAGCCGCUCCCAAGUCACUCUUUGAAAACCAAAACACAACCGUGAUUCCAUCGGGAUUUCGAGUUGGGAUGAAGCUUGAAGCUGUAGAUAAAAAGAAUCCUACGUUCAUCUGUGUUGCUACGGUAACAGAUAUGGUAGACAAUCGGUUCCUGGUGCAUUUUGACAACUGGGAUGAGAGCUAUGACUAUUGGUGUGAGGCUGCUAGUCCACACAUUCACCCAGUUGGAUGGUGUAAAGAACGCCGCAGAACCCUCGUCACCCCACCAGAUUACCCAAAUGCCAAGCAUUUUUCCUGGGACAAAUAUUUAGAAGAAACUAGUUCUCUACCUGCUCCUGCAAGAGCUUUUAAAGUGAAACCUCCACAUGGUUUUCAGAAAAAAAUGAAGCUGGAGAUUGUAGACAAAAGGAAUCCGGUAUUUAUUAGAGUAGCUACUGUUGCAGAUACAGAUGACUACCGAAUAAAAGUUCACUUUGAUGGCUGGAGUAAUAGCUACGAUUACUGGAUUGAAGCCGAUUGCCCAGAUCUCCAUCCCGUGGGCUGGUGUGCCAAGACAGGACACCCUCUGCAGCCUCCUCUUAGCCCUCAGGAACUAGUGGAAGUCUCAGAACCAGGAGGCUGCACCACAGUGGGAUGCAAAGAUGUCGGCCAUUUAAAAAGAGCCAGACUGUCGGGCAACCACAGUGCUGUCAGCUGCCCAUAUUCAGAAAUAAAUUUGAACAAAGAGCACAUCUUCCCUGACCGUUUAAGCGGUGAAAUGCCCCCAGCCAGUCCAUCAUUACCUCGGAAUAAGAAGAUAGAAGUGAAUGAAAGCUCCGUGUCCCCUGAAAUCAAAGUAGAACAGCAAACGAAGGCCCUCCGUCCAAAGGAAGAGUGCAAAGAGGAGAGAGAGAGUGGGCUGCCAAAGCUGAAUGAAACCAAAGGUCACAGAGAAGAACCAAGUUCCCAGCAAGCCCAGAGGCGGUCUGCUGUCUUUCUGUCAUUUAAGUCUCCGAUCCCCUGCUUGCCCCUACGCUGGGAACAGCAGAGCAAACUGCUUCCAAGUGUCGCCGGAAUCCCUGCCAGUAAAGUUUCCAAGUGGAGUACAGAUGAGGUGUCAGAGUUCAUUCAGAGCCUGCCCGGGUGUGAGGAACAUGGAAAGGUGUUUAAAGAUGAGCAAAUUGAUGGAGAAGCAUUUCUGCUGAUGACCCAAACAGACAUUGUGAAAAUAAUGAGCAUAAAGCUGGGACCAGCCCUAAAGAUCUUCAAUUCCAUUCUGAUGUUCAAGGCUGCAGAGAAGAACUCCCACAAUGAACUUUGAGGAGCCCGGAAUGGAAACCCCACCCCGGCAUCAUUGGCUUCCUGGAAGAGAGCUCAUUUUACUCAAAGCACAAGGACUCUCUGAAGUCGCCGAGAAAAAUACUCCUCAAAAGACAAAAGGUUAACACUGGUGAUAAAAGGUUGACAUUCGUGGAUUAUUUAUAUCAAGAGACAUUACACCUGAACCUGUGUGGGAAGCGCUUGGGCUUUUACUGAGGUACCGUAGAACAGCCAUUUUUUAGUUCUAUUCACUGAGCUAAAUUUCUGUUUGAAAGCUGUUUUUUUUUGAGGCUUCGCACAAACCUGUCGUGAAUGACUUAUGAUGUGAAGAGGGAGGGGGAAAGGAUUCUGGACAUUUCAUAAACCCUGCUGCAUCCUUUUCGUCAUUCACGCAAAGAUAAUUCAAUGUAAUAUUUAUGAACUCUGGCUCCCCAGUUGGCCAGGUGAGACUGUUAUGACUAGUGCUGAUUUUGUGCCGGAGUUUGAAACUGCCGCAUUUACGCUGACUAUAACUUUGCAAGUCAUUAAAUUGCCUACUUGCUUGUAAUGAUUUGUCAGGGCUGAACAGUUGUGAAGCUUUGGGUUGUGGGGUGGGGAGGGGAAGGGAGAAUUGUUUUUAUUUUUCUUCUGUUUUUUUUAAGUAACUUUACUUUUGCACGGUUUAUUACAAAAUAUUAAGCAAUCAAUUACCUUCUCACCAGCGUCUUUACUGUAAUAAUCAGAAGACCAGUAUAUAGGACUGAAGUUGAAGAAAUAAACCUUCAUCUAGUGUUUUUGAACAAUAUCCAUCUACUACUACACUGUGGGGCUGCAGGGUUCUGGGAGAAACCGAUCGCUCUCGGUGUUCUUAGUUCUGUGACAUGGGGCAGCGGCUGCCAGGGCCUAAGCCUAUCGAAUCUCUUCCAAGCCCUUCUCGAACAGCCAGUGCAGUUACAGGUGCUCUCUACCCUGGCAGCGGCCUUGCUUCUUCAUCACUGAAGAAAUCCUCUAAGCAUGAGGAAUCGCUAGGGAGGCCCAGGAUUGCAAGUGACCCUCUCGGUGACUGGGGAGAGGGGGUAUACUGUUUCAGUUGGAAACGCACGGCGGGUGGCUCAACACUGGUGGAAGAUUUUCCCAUCUUCUCACAUCAGGAAGAUGCUUUCCCAAAGCAGGUAUUCAGGUAAAACACCCUUCGUUUUGGAAGGACUGCUUUUUUCUAAAUCAAAAUAUUUUCCAGGUGUUAAAACAUUGCACUCCGUAUGUGUGGGUAUAGAACAGAUGCACUUUAAGCGAGAAUACUCAACUACCUAUAAUCUGAUAGCUGGUUUAGUGUUCAUUGGGGGAGACUGUACCUCACAGGAGGCGGGUGAAGGAAGAGCUUUUUUUUCCUCCAGGCUGACUCAUUCCUGGGAAUGAAAAACAGUUCUGGGUGUGUUGUCUUUUUUCGAAUAGGAAGUAGUUUAGCAUGCCGUCUUAACUCUAGGCAACCUCUACCUCUCCUUGGUUGGUGUCAUGUUUUUCUAGUGUCAAGUUUUCUCAAGCUGUGUCCCAUGGAGGUCUGUAUCUGCCAUAAUACGAGGUAAAACAGGGUCAGUGAAACCAUUCCCAGUGCACCAUUCAACCCCUUGCAUGAAUAUGCGAAAUGAAUUUUUUUACAUUUCUGUUCAGAAUUUGUACAUUCAAGUUGCA